UUUUGCAAGAAACGCAGUCGCACUUUCAGUGGUCACAAGACCGAACGUCACAUGAGUCUCAAAAACAAAUGGACGGGGCAAGCUCGUCCGCAUUCCGGCCUAAAAAGUCUGGAGAGAAAGUGCCCGUAUGGACCUCUACACGAUACCUCCUGGCCGUUCUCGGCUCGUUCGGUUUCUUCAGCGCGUACGGCAUGAGGGUCAACCUGAGUGUCGCCAUGGUCGCCAUGGUGAACCACACCCAGAAAGCUGCGCUGAACGGAUCCGAAGACUGUGUGCCGAACACGAACACCACAGGCCAAGACAAGCCCGGAGAGUUUGGAUGGGACUCCGGUGAACAGAGUAUCAUCCUGGGAGCUUUCUUCUACGGCUACAUCGUCACACAGAUCCCAGGGGGCUUUCUUGCAGGGAGGUAUGGUGGGAAGCCAGUGUUUGGGCUGGGUAUCCUGUGUACAGCUCUCUUCACUCUGGUCACACCGGUCGCAGCCAGAGCAAACAAGUAUCUCUUCAUCGCUGUACGAGUCAUACAGGGGCUCGGGGAGGGUGUGACGUUCCCAGCCAUGCAUGCCAUGUGGAAGAGCUGGGCUCCUCCUAUAGAGAGGAGUAAACUGGUCACCAUCACUUACUCAGGUGCCCACCUCGGGACAGUGUUCUCCCUGCCCAUCUCAGGACUGUUGUGUGACCACUUUGGAUGGCCUUCUGUCUUCUACGCAUUUGGUGCUCUCGGCUGUUUGUGGUUUGUUAUAUGGAUGCUGAUGGUUCACAACACGCCCGAGGAACAUCCACGGAUAUCCUACGUGGAGAGGGAAUACAUACAGGGGGAACUCAGGAGGGAGGGGACCACCGGCAAGAAUGAAUCCAUCCCGUGGUUGACCUUUGCGACCUCUGCACCAGUCUGGGCGAUCGUUCUGUCUCACUUCAGCAACAACUGGGGCUUCUACACUCUCCUCACCGACCUGCCUACAUACAUGAAGGAGAUUCUACUGUUUGAUCUCACACAAGCCGGGUUCCUGUCAGCUGUACCUUACUUGUGUAUCUGGCUGGUCAUCAUAUUUGGAGGCCAGCUGGCAGACUUCCUCCGAGAGAACAAGUUCCUCAGUACCACAGCUGUCAGGAAGGUCUUCAACUGUGGCGGUUUGGUGUUGCCAGGUAUCUUCAUGGUUGCCACGGGAUACGUGAACUGCAGCCAACAGGUGCUGGCCAUCGUGUUCCUGACAUUCUCGGUGGCGAUGGGGGGACUGUGCAUGUCUGGGUUUAAUGUCAAUCAUCUGGAUAUCGCACCAAGGUAUGCAGGUGUACUGAUGGGGAUAUCUAACUGUGUUGCCACCAUUCCGGGCUUUGCUGGACCUGCAGUGGUGGGGAUACUCACCCAAAAUGCGAAAACCUGGAUAACUCGCAAGCAUCAAUGGCAGAUCGUGUUCUACAUCACAGCAGGAAUCAACGCUUUUGGCACCAUAACCUACGUACUGAUGGGAGAUGGUACAGUCCAAUCAUGGGCUAUGAGCCAAUCAGAAGCAAAGCGGGCCGCUCCAUUGGAUGAAGAUAGGGAGAGACUGGUUGUAAAUGAGGAGCAUGUAGAUCCAAGAACAUAUGGCUUUAUAGCACACGAUCAUAAUGCCUAGAUGUCUAAUGUAUUACCAAUAGAUUAUCAUUAAAUUGAUACACCUGUUUAAAAAAAAAUCUAAUUCAUCAAAUUUUUCUCUCAACCACUAUAUUUAUAUGAGAAUUACAUUACUGAGAAAAGUAGGUGAACUAUACAGUAAACAAAAAUUUACGCUUUGUUGCAAAAUCUUGCCAGAAGAGGGAUGGAGAGGUUUUAGGAUAUUUCAGACUUUGACGAAAAAAUUGCACACCAGAUCACAAGUUAGAAUGUACAAAUCUGGUAAUAAACUUCUCAAUAACAAACAAAGUUGCUGUCAACAAAAAUUACAAUUUGCAGACUAGACUAAGUCUUCAAUUUGAACAAGACGUACUUGAUCAUUUGUACAAUAUGCUUGGAAAUGUCUGUACUUAAUAUAUGUAUAUACAUUGUGUA